AUGUGUGUGAUGCAGGAGGUGCGCGGGAGCGCGGCCAGCGUGGCGUCGAGCUCGACGCUCGGCGCGGCGAGCGACAGCGCGGGCAGCGUGCCGGUGCUCUCGGCCAGCCAGCCUAGCGUCGUGCACAGCCAGGGCAGCCCCACCGGCAGCAAUGGAGCAUACAAUCAAGACUCCCUCCUGAAUUCUCGAGCUAUUUCCAUGAGCUCUGGGCUAGACUCCGCGUGCGGACAGCGGAGAAGGAAAACGUCUAGAUCCAACAGAGUAACAUGGGUGGCCAGCGAAGGAUUGACCAACUACCUGCGCCGCCUGACGCAAGACGAGUCCAGCCGCGAGAUGUACGAAGCCCACUCGUACCAGGACUUCUCAAGCAUUCCCGAGAACUCACUGCACGAGCCGAAGACCGAUUCGAAGGGCCGGCGGCUCUCGUACCAGCGCGCCGUCUCCGGCGAGGACCCCGCGCCCAGAUACGACUCCAGCUUGAGGAGGAAACCUUUGAUUCCAGAACAUUCUGAGGUCUGCUCACCUAACGGAACAGUGUAACUAUAAUGUGAAGUAUUAAAAAUGGUCAUAAAGAUGUGUGUUACUGUUAAGUAAGGUGGUUAAAAGGUAAUGUGAAUAGUGAGAAGAUGUCUCGUGACCGCGAGUCGCGCGAGGGGCGCGGCGGCCCCAGCCGGCCGGGCUCCAGCUUGUCGGGCUCGCACUCGCCCGUGGGAGGCCGCGGAGACUCCGUAAGUCGCGUAGUCCUGUCUGCAUGCUCUGUGUUCCCCUACCGCACGCUAUACACAUUUCCGCCUUAAACAGCUUACAAUUUUGUACCGAGUCGUGCUCGUGACGUUGACGGUAGUACCAAGAUAUAUGAAAAUACAUAUUUCUUAUAUUUAUACAUCAAAAAUGAGAUUUUCAUUGACUUGGUUUGUAUCGAUGGUUAAUUGACAUCACUUAUAUCAAUCAAACCGUAAACCGAUUUUAUGAAAAUCAUCACGCUCUUAUUGUCGUAAAAAUAAGGUCGUGUCAAGUUCAUUUUGAACACCUUGUCCGUUACGGAACUUCUGCUGCUGACUGUAUAUCUAUUAAAUCAGAGAAAGUGUACUAUUUCACCGACUAAAACUAACGUUUUUCUUGAAAGCACCCUUAAAUAGAGACCUAAUAAAAUUACAUUUUUUUCAUAAUAGAGAUAUGUAUUAAAUGUAUAGUACGAGUAGAGAUAAUUAUAGAUUUACAUAAUGG